CCAUGGAGCUCUCGCGGGACUUUGGAGGGGGAGGACGUGGGUUACGCCUGGGCUCUGGGAGACACAACAAACAUGGAGGCGGCGGCGAUGGCGGCGGCGGGAGCAGCUGCGGCGGUUGGGGGUGCCGGUGGCUGCCCGGUGCGGCGGAGUGUUCAGUUAAUGGAACCCAAGUUAACUUAAACCUUUAAGAAGCUGAAGAGGACAUAAAGAAGAUUGUUUGGAAAAGCAUUAAUAAGAAAUAUGCAUAUUUCCAUAAAUGAUGGACCUUAUAUUUAAAGAAUGGAUUUUUUAUAUCUGUUUCAGCUGAUUUGGUUCAUUAAGGCCUGCUACAUUGUGAAAUUGUAGAGUGACUAUGGGUGAAAAGAAACCAGAACCUUUGGAUUUUGUAAAAGAUUUUCAGGAAUAUUUGACUCAGCAGACUCACCAUGUGAACAUGAUUUCAGGCUCUGUCAGUGGAGACAAAGAGGCAGAAACACUUCCAGGAGCAGGAACAGAAGGAGAUCAAAAUGGACUAGAUCAUCCUUCAGUUGAAGUCUCGCUGGAUGAAAAUGCAGGAGUAUUAGUAGAUGGAUUUGAAAGAACUUUUGAUGGAAAAUUAAAGUGUCGGUAUUGUAAUUAUGCUAGUAAAGGAACAGCACGCCUCAUAGAACAUAUCAGAAUUCAUACAGGUGAAAAGCCACACAGGUGCCACUUAUGUCCCUUUGCAUCAGCCUAUGAACGUCAUCUAGAAGCUCACAUGCGGUCUCAUACUGGUGAAAAACCUUAUAAAUGUGAAUUGUGUUCCUUCCGCUGUAGUGACAGAAGCAACUUGUCUCACCAUCGCAGGCGCAAACACAAAAUGGUGCCUAUAAAGGGUACGAGGCCUUCCCUUAGUAGCAAGAAGAUGUGGGGUGUCUUGCAGAAGAAGACCAGUAAUUUGGGGUUCAGCCGAAGAGCACUUAUUAACUUGAGUCCACCAUCCAUGGUGGUUCAGAAGCCAGACUAUCUUAAUGACUUCACUCAUGAAAUCCCAAACAUUCAGACUGAAACAUACGAAAGUAUGGCAAAACCAACAGAGACUGGUGGACUGCCAAGAGAUCCUCAAGAUCUUAUGGUAGAUAAUCCUUUAAAUCAGCUUUCUACUUUAGCGGGACAGCUCUCUAGUUUGCCCCCUGAAAACCAAAACCCACCCUCACCAGAUGUUGUACCAUGUCAAGAUGAAAAGCCUUUCAUGAUGCAGCAGCCUACUGCACCAGCUGUUUCAACCAGUAUUCCUCAGAACUCAUCCCCUACAAGCCCCGAUCCUCGUCCUCCACAUUCUCAAAGGAACUACAGUCCAAUAGCUGGUCCCAGCAGUGACCACAGUGCUCAUGCCAGCACCCCAAGUAUCAGUAAUAGUCAGCCAAGUACUCCAGCACCAACUCUUCCAGUUCAAGACCCUCAACUUCUGCACCACUGCCAGCACUGUGACAUGUAUUUUGCUGAUAAUAUUCUUUACACUAUCCACAUGGGAUGCCAUGGAUUUGAGAACCCUUUUCAAUGUAACAUAUGUGGUUGCAAAUGUAAAAACAAAUAUGACUUUGCUUGCCACUUUGCCAGAGGCCAACAUAACCAGCAUUGAUUGAAUACAAGUUAUGUAAUUCUUUCAUGUAUUUGUGUGUGUUUAAGCACAUUGCUGUCUGUUUCUUUACUUGCUAAUGAGGAGGUCGCUUGUCCCUCCUGAGGAAUCCACACAGGAAUUUUAAUAUUGGAGGCAAACAUCUUCAUACUGUCAUGAGUUGCUAAGGAUACCUUUGUUAGUUGUGGCAUUCCUAAUCUGGUUCUUAACAUGAAGACAAGGUGUGUCGUGCAAUUACACUUCUUAAAAGUACAGAUGAUCAGUGAAACAAAACAAGGACUGACCUUACAUAAUAUGGAUCUUAGGACCAGCAUUUGUCCAAGUGCAGCUUAGUUCCCUAAAUUAAGCUGUGUACCAAGUAAUCUAUGACUUAAUUCUGUCUAGUAUUAUGCACUUAAUGUCAAAGCUGUGAUUGUCUAUAAAUGGGUUAUCACCAAAACUGAUACAAAAUAUUUUUAAAGCUUAAAAACAUAAUUAGCAUUUAUAACAAAGCCUAACAUCUACUAUAGAAGUAGUUGCAGUGGGGUGGCCUUUAAUAAGGUUUCUGUGGUAACUAACUGGUGGGAUCUAGAAGAAUAAUGUUAAUCGGAGUAAACACAUCAACUUGUUUUAAAAAUAUAUAUUACAAAAAAACAGUGCCUAGUGUUAAAUGUCUGUGACUUUUAAAGCUGUGUCCAAAAAGAACACAUGAGAGCAAUGUUUCUAAAAUAGAUAAUUUAUUAUAAAACAGUGCAUCAGGGCCUCUGUGCCUAGCUUCCAGUGCAUUACAAGUAACUUCACUGCCUUUAAAUGUUGUUUUACUUUUGCCUUCUUGAUAGCUAUGUCUUUCUGAGGGAAAUGAAGCAGCAAAUAGGUUAGAAUAUUAUGAGAAACCAUUCAGAUUUAGCAUGAGUUAUUUAAACUAUAAACAGCUAAUGCAUUCUCUUUUGAAAACUAUUCUAGUUACAUAAAUAGUGUGAGAAGGAAUAUUCCAUGCUUUAUGGGGUUUUACUAAUAGUUCUGGACUUAGCAAAGCAAGAAGUGAAUAUUAAGACUCAUUGGCUGCAAUGCUACUGCUCAGCAUAAGAAAAUUCAUAACUUGCAGCUGAUUUCUGCCAAAUAAAAACUCCCCGCUGCAAUUCUGGAAGGUACGCAUGUAUGCCCCAAGCCAGAGUGCAUGUGUGCCCCUGGGAAUCACAGUGGGGACUUGUUAUAUGUUGGUUAGGAAUGGACUGAAAGUUACAAAUUUUCUUAUGCUAAGCAACAUAAUUUUAACCACUGAUUAAUUGCAGUGGAUAUCAUUACAAGAGAGAUGGGAGUCAACUGUCCUGCUUUCUUAAAACUAGCAAAUUGAAUCAGCACUUUAAACAAACUAUGCUAGCAAAAGCGAUAAUGCUAGCCUACAGCACAUGAAUCCUUAAUUAUACAGGGGAAAACACUUAUUUUUCAGUGCACUUUUUAUUGUAUAUGUUUUUUAUUUCAAGGGAAACAAGACUUUAUACUGUUCUCUUGCAUAAGUAAAUAUGCACAUAUGUA